GCUGGAAAGGACCAACCAAGGCUUACCACUUACUUUCACUUCUGAGUGUCUUUAAAAGGCCCAAAAGAAAAGGGUACAGAACUUGAUCUGAGACGGUUCGUGAAGAGUCACUACAGAGGAAACCCACGUCCCAAGGAAACAGGGACACGUUUGGAAUUCCUCAAAAGCUAGAUAUCGUUCAAACGCCGGAAUUGGGCUUCUCUAAUGGCGAUCAAUCUGACGGAGGGUGCGAUAAUGAUGAUGUGCCGGGGAGAGCUGAAGGCGGAGGAGGUGAAGCCGGUGGUACAGGUGAUCGACGUGAAGCAGGUGAGCACUCAGGCGCAGCAGCACAGCAACACGGAGAGGUAUAGGGUUUUGCUUUCCGACGGCUCGCACCAUCAGCAGGGGAUGCUCGCAACGCAGAUGAACGCUCUUGUCAAGGACGGCAGGUUGCAGAAGGGCUCAGUCGUCCAGUUAACGCAGUUCGUCUGCAAUGUUGUCCAGAACCGCAUGAUUAUUAUCAUUGUCGAUUUGGAUUUGAUACUUGAAAGAAGUGAUCUUAUUGGAGAACCUGUAUCAGCACCAAGGACUGUGGCCGUACAUCCCUCCACUGCUCAACCAGGGGCAGGAACUGGCUGGUGUAUCUAUGGGCCAUCCUAGAAUAAAAUUGCAAAUAGAUGGCUCGUGUUAACCUUCCCAUAAAACCCAACUUGACACAGGGAGAACCUCCUCUCAGUCAUCAGAAAAAGGUUCAGCAAAACCACGACAGAAUUUUAUAUCUCGGUAACAGCAGUGCAACUGGAUCAUGCUUUGUAUCAAAAACAUGUAACUGAACUCUUUCCCUAGUUCUCAUUAUCUGACAAGGUCACGGAUGUUUCAACUUU